AUGUUGUGCAUAAGGUUGAGAGACGCGUUGUUUUUAAGCCACGGCAGUCGAGAAGCUAGAGGAAAUUUCGCUGCGUCAACUUCCACUCGCUACUCGUCAGAAAGUCGACCGUUUUGCCGCUCGUACGUAGCUGCAAAUGACGAACGGGAUUCGUCAUCACACGGAAGUUCUCUGAAAGAGCUUUGUCCCGUUAGCAGCUCGACAACAGGAACCUACAGCGCCCAGUGCAAGCCAACUGCGAUUGUCGUUCGCAACUUGCCGUUACGAUCAUCUGACUCCAGUAUUAAAGACGGGUUAUUUUUCACGUACAAGAAAUUUGGAAAGGUAGUUUCGGUGAAGGUUAUCGGUGAAGGGGCAGAACGGUACGCGCUGGUCACUUUUCGCAGGUCGUCCGAUGCACAGAAGGCAACUGAAACGUCGAACAACGACAUGUUUUUCGGAAGCAAGAUCGCCGUUGAGCUCGCAUCAGCUGGCCUGGAUGGAGACGAUAACGAACGCAGACCGUUGGAGAAGGACAUUGACCAAUACCACUCAAAAUCGUCACGUACUCUUUACGUUGGCAACCUUGAAAAUAGAAUAACUCCUGAAGAGCUACGCGAGGUUUUCGAACGGUUUGGAUGUGUGCUGGACGUUGACAUCAAAAAUCGGGAGACGCCAGCGCCGUUCGCCUUCAUCCAAUACUGUGAUAUCACCUCGGUUGUCAAAGCUAUUCAUGCAAUGGAACAAGACGGUUACAUAGGCAACAACAAAAUAAAGGUAGUUCCUGCCGCUUCAACUGUUGGUUUUGGCAAGCCUUUGCCUUCGACUAUGAUUUGGAUUAAUGAGCUGCCGGGUUAUAUCACCGAUGAUCACUUGUCGCGAAAGAUGGGCUACUAUGGAAAGGUAGUUAGCGUGGAAAUCGACCGGGUGCGACAUCAAGCGCUGCUGAACUAUGACUGCGUAGAAAGUGCGCAGAAAGCCGUAACGGAUAUGAAAACGAGAACUAUUGAUAGGAAAAAAGUGCAAGUUGAUUUCUGCUCUCGAGAACUUCACGACUUGUUCAACGAGCGGCUAUACGCGUCUGAUAGUACAAGAGGAAAGGAAACCUUUCGUUCCUACGACGAGGCAGUUUCCCCAGGUCUGCGUCCUUCUUGCAGCAGCAGUCGGGCAUCCAAGCCCUAUCACGAAGUGAGUUAUGCAGCACACGAUAACUUUUACGAGCAUGCUGGAACGAAAAACCACGUAUCCAAGAAAAAAGCGUUUGCUUCCAGACGGUCGCCAAGAUUGGCAUGUUCUGAGCGUAAUCACUACGAACAUUACCGAGACGAAGACGUAGUUGAGGACUAUGAAAGUUAUGAUGAUGAUGAUCGAUGUGUUGCAGCAGUUCCUCAAGAAACAGUGCAAAAGUUGCAUGCUCAUUCAAAACCGGCCGUCUCAAUAAGCCCUGAACCAGUUGCAGCCACGGAACGCAGUGAUGUCUCUAUUGUGGAGGGCCUGACGUCUGAAACGCAGGACCAUUCAGAAGGUGAUGAACAGAAGAACUGUCAGCCUUCCAAAGUUGAACAUACUUUGGUUACAUGCGAUACCGUAGCAGGUUCUGCUGAUCCGCCGCCGCUGCCGACUGUUGCUACGAUGGAAACGGGAGAAAUCAGGGAUUCUUUGUCAGAUAUAAGCAGUGACAACGACAAAGCAGAACGUGUCUCUUCUGACAAUAAAUUUUCCCCAUCAUCGCUGUCUUCCGUGCCUGGUGAGCUGUCCUCUGGUCGAACAUCUGCCGGUAAUGAGCAGAUCAUGCGUCAGGUGAAAGCUGCAUCGACCUCUUUGCAGACGCACAAGCCAAAACUGAUACCAUUGGAAUUAUUACCGAACUGUGAGAGCCUGAUGGACCCCCGACUACUGAUUCCUUAUUCUGGAAAUCUCUUUGACAAUUUUCCGCUACCUCUCUUUGCAAAGAGAAGUUCUCACUCUAAGUCGAGCUUUCACGUAAGUUCAAUAACCAAUCCGUUGGCAUCCCGAAUGUUUCACUCUGACACUGCUUCUGCGGAUGCCAGCGGCUGCGUGAGACACUUCGCUGGCGACAGUGUGGCUUCCGCACAGCGUAGUUGCUCUUUGGCCAUCCCUGACUUAUCGUCUAGCGGUUCCUCGUCAGCAGCAUUGCCUGAUGCCCCCCUGUCUUGCGAUGCCCUUGCUUCUCCGUCGACUUCCUCCAGCUUCCCUUUCAGAGAUCUGACUUCUGAUUUAUCUGCGUUUUCUGACGAUCAUCCUGCCACCGUACCUCAUCGUUUAUCGUUAGAGGAACGUAUUAAAGCACUGGAUGCAAAGUUUCACGCUCUCGAUCGUAUGAUUCAAGGAGCCAAGGAACGACCACAACACCGUCUUUCAUCAUCCAUCGAUUACAGUAAAUACAAGGUGGUCAGGAAGUCUUGUGCUACUCAGCCAUUGGUUAACAACGGCAAUUUGCACAGUGAAGGUAAGAUUUGA